AUAUAAAGGCAGCGAAAGGUAGUAGGGCUUCCCUAAACUUCGACUUUUUGGGAGGUUUUUACAGAUUCUCUUCUUGCUCGCUUCGUCAAUUGCUGCACAGUCUCCGCAACAAAAUGGCGCCGCCUGCCGGACCCUAUUCUGGAACCAGCACCCUCGCCUUGGUGGCUCGUGCUUCUGCAUUCUCUCUUGGACUCGUCUAUGGAAGCAUUAAGCUUAGGGUCCUCAAGGCCAAGGCUAAAUCUCAUCAGAAGGCUGAAGCAAAGGCUCAUCACUGAAGAUGUGUUCAACCAGAAGUUGUGAAUGAGGAUUUGUGAUAGAAAUAAUGCAUAAGGGUGGAGUGUACCAAUAUUUCAUUUCUUAAAGCUUUUGUGGAUUAUGAAAACCUUGCUUUGAAACUGCAAGGUACUGAUUUUGGAUUGAGAAAUAUGAAUUCAGUACUUGGAGGAUGGUUUAUUUAGUUGGCCUUGCCUAUUGUAACGGCACAUCAAUUUCCAUUUCAUAGUGAAAUUAUGAGGGUAAUGGUCCCUUGAUCAAUAAGGCGUUUUAUCUGUUUGGUAUU